CGAAUAGUAAAACUAAUUCUAUUUCUAGGAUUUAGCACAGUAUGAACUUUAUGUACAGUAACCAGACGCAGCUGUCCCAGCUCCAACCUCAACAGAAACAGCAGCAACAACAGCAACCCCAGCAGCUAUCCCAGCAGAACUCUAAACCCAUGGAUCAGCACCUGAGGUCGGCCCUGACCCAGUCCCUGAGCACUCUCUCAGCUCCAGGAGAUAACAAACUGUCCACUAUCUCACCUCUAGCCCCCUCACUGGUGCAGGGUGUCUCCCAAGCUGGACAGAUUCUCAACCUGGGUGCUACAAAUGCGGCCUCCCUCGGUGGUCAGAUCCUCAAUCUCCCAAACUCUAACGGAGCAGGAGGACAGAACUUCUACGUGAUGAUACCCCAGCAGCAACUAGACGGUAAUAACCAGCUCCAGAAGAUAGCACCUAUGGGUGCUGUACAUCAGACCGCUACUGACUCUUUGGCAGCUCAGCGCUCAGAGCGGGAGGAGAAGCGUCGUCAGACUCACAACGAGGUGGAGAGGAGGAGACGAACUAAGAUAAACGGAUGGAUCCAGAAGUUAGCAGAGAUGGUGCCUAACUGCAAGGACGAAAUGGGAACUAAGCGAUCCGGCGGACCUACUCAGACAGGGAUGGGACAGAAAAGUAAUUGCGGGGUGUUACAGAAGACCGUUAACUUUAUCCAGGAACUUCAGAUCGCACAUUCCCAAGUUGUGGAGCGACUUCAAGAACAGAACCAGGUCCUGGUGGAAAUGGCUAAAAUCAGAGAAACUCUGAAGAGGGUGGAACAAGAGAACCUCCUUCUCCGGAACCAGCUACAGAAUCACGGGAUAGAGCCCGUGUCAGCGCAGAACCCUGUCUCAAGACCUAAUCAGUGAGAGGGUACCUGACCAGUCAGCUCUUCUGGUGAUCUUAUCGCGAACAGUUAUCAUUAACCCAUCCACUGAGUCGGCACUUGUAGGGUUCUACAGAGAUUAAAAUGAAAAUUCUCGGAUCGUUUUUGCCGAAUUUAUUAAAUCUUGACUGUUUUAUUCUACUUUAUUUAAGAAGAGAACCGUCUUAAUUCUUAACAGAAAAGUGAGAGUUAUAUCUGACCGGAAGCUUUUUAGAAUGGAUGCAUUAUGAGAUGUGCCUGUCUAUCAGAUGCAUUAUGUGAGAUAAAAUUAAACAACAGUCUUGAUAUGUUCUUUUCACAUGAUAUUAACGUUUAUAUUUUUAUCUGUAACUUAUAUGCGAUUACGUUUGUAAUUACGAUUAUAAGUACCUUUUAUCAAAUCAUUUUCAAUAUUUAUCAUCAA